AGUGGGUACUGAAAACGGAUCAUUUUUCCUCGUAAUUUUCGCGGUCUCCGCCGACCAGAGACAAUGAGCCGCAAGCGGGACAGACGCGACUUCUCGCGCCCCGGCCCUUACCGUCUCACGAAAAGGCGUCGUCCUCCCCCUCCUUCGCCGCCCCACGCCGACCUGCCUCCGACCUCCUCCUCCAAAUCCCCGGCCACGGUCGUCGUCACCGGCCUCCCUCCAGAUUCCUCCCUGCUCGACAUCAGGUCCCGCUUCCAGAUCUACGGUUGCAUCUCCCGCACCUCCAUCCGCCACACCGGCGUCGCCUACAUCACCUUCCGCUCCAAAGACUCCGCCAUGGCCGCGGUCGCCGCCUCCCUUGACCCCUCCUUCGGCAUCACUCUCCAUUCCAAACCAUUAUCGGUAACGUGGGCGACUGAUCCUGUGCCACAGUGGAGAGAAGGGGUUUUGCAUAAGGAUGGUUCCAACUAUUCAUCUUUGUCGGCCUCGUCGUCAAAGCUUGUUAGAGCUGAGGUGCCUCUGAGCAGGCACGGAAGGGGUAACAAGCUGGGGUCAGCCAUUGUGAACCCCAGAAAUAACAGUAGUGUUGCAGGCUUAGAUGUGCCUUCCAAGGGUAGAGAAAUUGUUGCUUAUGAUGAUAUUCUCUAGCUUCAGAGAUUGCUUUUCAGUAAGCUGUGAUAAGAUUGUAACAAUAGGCGUGCAGUAGAUAAAGCCCAGACUGUGCCUGAUCUAGAAUGGUUGAACCUUGCUAGUCAUUAGUGAGGGCAAAUUGUGUAUGAAUUUUGAUUCUCUGCUAUUUAUGAUGUUAGUGUGCAUUAGCUGUUAAAUUUA